UAGUUUUUGCUAUUUCCAUCGCAUUAGUGCGUAAUUUUCCAUUUCUUGGGAACAUCAGCUGUCGAUGAUUCAGCUCUAUUUAAUAUCUCCAUGAUUGUAAUUUUCCCGAGAAAGUGAGAGAGAGAGAGAGAGAACAUCUCACGUUCCUCGCCCGUCUCGGCGGUCUCCACAUCAUCCCGGGAAGCUAAUUUAACGCCGUACGUUCGCGGGAAUGUAUUCUUAACUGCAUUUCACGAUCUGGGCAGUGUUGAUUUCUGGUUUCCGAUCAUGGGUUUCGCUUGAUCUCAAUUCCAGUUUUUUGGCGCUUUUGAGUUGUGAUCGGAUCGAAAGUUGCCGACUUUUUACCUUCUGGGCUCUGUUACAUCAUCUGGGUUUCAGUUUCUGAAAGAGACAGUGAAUUCAGUUUUUUGCAGUUCCCGUCAAGAACUGAGAUGCGAAGAUGCAGAAGAAACGACAGAUCUCGGAGUACAGAGCGAGACUGGACAAGACCUUGUCCUCUCCCGACCUCACCAAUGUCGAAACCCUAAAAACCCUCAUAAAAAAACAGCUUUGUUCACCUUCUCACCAUGAAAGCAGAGAAUGCAAUGCAGAUAUAUUAGAUAAAAGGACUGAAAAUGUAUCCAUUAUACUCGACAAGCUUAGGAGUGCUUCUUCAUCGUCGAAUGAUGAGGCUUCGUAUGGUGACUGGAAAUUGAAGAGCGAUUACGAAGAUUGCCGUGUUAUGUACCGUGAAGGACUCGAGGGAAGUCCCUUUCACACUUUGCUCGUCGAAGGUUAUGUGGAUGGACCCGUCGAAGAGUGUUUGUGUGUAUCAUGGGAAUCAAUCCUCUACAAGAAAUGGUGGCCACAGACUUCGUUUCCAUCGUUCAAGGUCUUACAAAACAGAUGCUUGCAGAAGGUGUGGAUCGGUGAACAGAUAUGUUUAGUGAGGAUGAAGGUACCGUGGCCAAUGUCGGAUAGAGAGGCUGUUGUUCACUAUUUCCUAUUCGAGUACUUCAAAGAUGGCCUAAUCGUUGUCCUCGUAAACACGAUCUCAGAUCUAGAGAGCAUCGGAUUCUCGAGUAAUGACUUCGACAAGAAGAACGGUAUACCUGAAGCGUUGAACGCCGUGAGGAUAGACAUGGUAGGAGGUUUCGCUUUACAGAAGGUAACUCCCGAGAGGAGUUACUUCCGGACGAUUGCUGAUAUGGACGUUAAGUUCGAUCUUGUACCUCCAUCGCUUAUCAACUUCAUCUCGAGACAGCUCGUCGGGAACGGUUUCAGGCUGUAUAAGAAGGUUCACUCGGUUUUCUUACUACAUUCUUGGCUUCAGACAACUGAAUUUGCUUGUAAGAACAGACUUGAACUAUGCUGUCCCUUUUUUUUUCUUGAACAGGCUGUUGCUUCUGUGGCUAAAGUUGAUGAAGAUUACAGUAAAGCUUUGGCUGAUCCAAUGUACACUCAGAUACAUCGAGCUCUGUACUCGAGCAAUAAACCAGACGAUGCCCGCGGAGAAAUCGAGCUCAAUACCCGAGAAUGUGUUGGCCCACGAAACGAAAUUGUCCAAAAAAUGGAGGGUAAAGACAAAGAUCCAAAACCGGGAGGCCAUGAACAAGAUGCCAGAUAUCUGCCAAACAAUGAGUCAGAUGAAGAACAUCUACCGCUUUCUGAUGUAAGUGCUAUUGAAAAUGAACCUCUUCCCUGCAGAAAAACUUUUUCCGAGAUCGAGGAAGAAGACUGUGAAGAAAACGUGUAUUCCCGAGAUGGUUCCGAGGAUAACGAUGUCUCUGCCAAGUGUCGGGUCAACAGUAAAAGACGGUUUUGUGUUAGCCCGGAGGUGGAACAAGCUCUAGGAACUUUAGAGAGAGUGAUAUCAAUGGUAAGAAGAUACCAAACUGAUACACGAGGCCAGAGUACAUCUUCUUCGAGCUUUUCAGACGGAGAAUUGCCCGAAAACAUCGCAGAAGAUCCACCAGACAAGGUCCUAAGCUUAUCAGAAAACAAUGGAGUUGUUCCUAAUAACAAAGCUCAAGUUCUUGACAGGAUCUCACAUGAAUCCAUUGAUGGCUCAAGCAUCCAUAUCAUCAGGAGCACCAGAUCAAGCUCGUUAGGAAGAGAGAACCUUCACAACAGAAUAGCUCCUGCAUCACCGGAGCAAGAUCUUCCAACACCUACUGUCACUGCCGGCAUAAGGGGCACACCGGAAAUAGCAUCAUACUUCAGACAAAUGUCAGAAACUGAGAUUCAGACACGGACCGAGCCAGGAGAAAGGCACGAUAUCGGCGUCUUAAACAGGGGUAAGAACCCGAAGCUAACGAGAAAACGUCGAGUUUGCUGCUUUGCCUUCAAGUCUUGGCAUUGAAUUCAUCGUUCGAGGCCGAAGACACGCCAUUCUUGAGAUUGUUUUUCGUGUGAGAGUUCACAGAGUUAUACAGUCAAAUCGCUUAUUUUGGUUAUGGUGAAGUGUUGAUUCUUCAGUUUGUAUCUUCUUAGCAGAGUUUUCGGCAUUGGCAAAGGUGUUAACGUUAACAGAGCUUGCGUGAGUUGUCUCAGUGCA